CGCGCUGAAGAGCCGGCUUGCGCGCGGGCCCGCGGGAGCCCGGGCCGCGGCACAGCAGCCCCGGCGACCGUGCCACGCACGCGCCCCGCACCACCCUUGCCCCUCGCAGGCCGUGGCACUGUCGCCACCUCCGCCGCAGGAAGGAGCCGGCCGCCUUGCCGCGCCGGCACCAUGCCUCGCAUAGAUGCGGACCUCAAGCUCGACUUCAAGGAUGUCCUGCUCCGACCUAAGCGGAGCAGCCUCAAGAGCCGAUCCGAGGUGGAUCUUGAGCGUACCUUUACAUUUCGAAACUCAAAGCAGACCUACAAAGGGAUUCCCAUCAUUGUGGCCAACAUGGACACCGUGGGGACAUUUGAGAUGGCAGUCGUGAUGUCACAGCACUCCAUGUUUACAGCGGUUCAUAAGCAUUACACCCUGGAAGAGUGGAAGGUUUUUGCCUCAAAGCACCCGGAAUGUCUUCAGCACGUGGCUGUGAGUUCGGGCAGUGGACAGAAUGAUCUGGAAAAGAUGAGCAGCAUCCUGGAAGCCGUGCCGCAGGUGAAGUUCAUCUGCCUGGAUGUGGCCAAUGGCUAUUCCGAACACUUUGUGGAGUUCGUGAAACUGGUCCGGGCCAGGUUUCCGGAGCACACCAUCAUGGCAGGGAACGUGGUGACAGGAGAGAUGGUGGAGGAGCUCAUUCUCUCGGGAGCAGAUAUCAUUAAAGUGGGAGUUGGUCCAGGUUCCGUGUGCACCACCCGCACCAAGACCGGGGUGGGCUACCCGCAGCUGAGUGCGGUGAUCGAGUGCGCGGACUCCGCCCACGGCCUCAAGGGGCACAUCAUCUCGGACGGAGGCUGCACCUGUCCAGGAGACGUCGCCAAAGCCUUUGGAGCCGGAGCGGACUUUGUCAUGCUGGGAGGGAUGUUCUCUGGCCACACCGAGUGUGCAGGGGAAGUGAUCGAGAGGAACGGGCAGAAACUCAAGCUCUUCUACGGGAUGAGCUCCGAGACGGCCAUGAAGAAGCACGCGGGGGGCGUCGCCGAGUACAGAGCCUCUGAAGGCAAGACGGUGGAAGUGCCUUACAAAGGGGGUGUGGAAAACACUAUUCUGGAUAUUCUUGGGGGACUGAGGUCGACCUGCACCUACGUGGGGGCCGCCAAACUCAAAGAGCUCAGCAGGAGAGCGACGUUCAUCCGGGUGACCCAACAGCACAACACAGUGUUCAGUUAAUGCAGAGAUGGAGUGACAUCCCGCUGGAGCGGAAGCCCCCGUGCCACCUGCUUCUCCCACCUCUCCCGGCUUCUCGCUGCUCCGAAUGGUGGUGUGCUGCGUCCUUCCUCCCCCUCCUGCCUGGAGGCUUUGGGGCUCUCCCUUGUGCCUUGGGGCCCAGAAGCAGGGCACCGCUGGGUCAGCAGUCAGAUCCCAGCUGCCCAGGGCGCACAGCCUUAUUGUUCAAUCCAACAACUUGCACCUUUUUUGGAAAAAAAAAAUCAUUUUAAUACAAUGCUGUUGAGACUUGAUUGAGUGCUGGGGUUUGCCUUUGCAGGAGCCAUACGGGGGUCCUUGGAGAUUUGGGGGCUGCCUACCCAGCCUAAUGAGUGGCACGCUUGGCUAUGCCCAUACCAGGUACCUUGAGAGGGGUGGGCAGAGCAGAGCUGGAGUCAGAGUAACCAGUACCCCUCUCUCCUGUUCUUGGCUGCUGGAGAACAUGAGGUCUGGUCCCCUGCCAGGGCUCACGGGCUUGGCAGUGUCUUGACACCUCCUUCAUACUCCCUGGCUACCUGUUGGAGCUGCUGCUAGUUAGCUGGCCUGAACAGGUUUCCUUUUCCUUUUCUCCAUCCUUUUUCCUCCCCUUCUCAGUCCCAACUUGUCAGGCUGGACCUUCUCAAAGAGGUUAUACAUUAGUCUGCACAUAACCUUUAACAUCUGGUCCAGCUUCAAAGAGAUUAGCGGGUGGAGUCCUGUUGGAAGAGCAACUGGCCUGGCUCAGUAGCGUCCUCAAAAGCAUUGCUCUAAAAUGUGAGACUGAGCCCUAGCCAAGGAGGAAGGACCACGUGGUUCUGCCAUAGAGGGUUUGGCUGGCUGGUGACAGCGGUCUUGUCUGGACAGAAGGGCCCAGGGCCUCCUGAGGACCGGCAGGUUUAUACACUCCAGGAUGUGACACUUCCUGUGUUAAUGAGGCAGGAGCAGAGUUUCUUUGAAAAGGCAACCACCUCCCUGGAGGUCCCUGGAGUAGAGAGGGGGCACUCUGCUGCUGAAUAAGGAUGAGCCCAUCAAGCGUCCAAGGCCAGCCACACUGUCACACUGGGAGAAUACAGGCCCCGUUUGUUUUUAAAGGCACGUUUCCCAUACCAGAGUAACUGACCCCUCUCCCCACCCUGAAGUCCACGGAGCUGCUUUUACCUGCAGAAACACGAGGGGCUCAGUUUGGGAGAAUGUUUGAGGGUCAAGAGGAUGUUUCCUGUUGAGAAAAAGGUGGGGCUUGAUGGCCCCCACCCCUCUUUCCUGCCUGUCUGGGUGAAGUGUCAGCCUCCGGCCGUCUCUGUGGGAGAAGUGUUUCACACUCAAGUCCUGAACUUUGUUUUAAUGAGACUCUUGCAAGAUAAGGGAGAGAAGUGAAGAAAAGAAAAUCACAAAUCCACUAAAAGUUCCUGCCACAGUACAGGGACUUCCUCUAGGACUGUGACCCUCACCAAACUCCUGCUCUUGUGACCCAGUGUCUCCUUUCUCAAGUUUGGCUCUCAGAGUACACUGGUUCCCUGGAGCGGGAUGGCCCCGAUCCACGCUGCUUUACCAUCUUGUGGAAAGACCAUCCUCACAACCAAAGGCAGGGGUUUGCAGUCCAGCUUCUGGGAAGUAAAGACAGUCAUUGCAAAGGGUCAGAUUGAAAGAGGCACCAUAAAAACAACUGGCAUCCCAUCCCCCUUAGCCAAGUUCAUCUCUGUCCCUGGAGGAGCCCCGCCACCCGAGAGCCCCAGAGACCAGGCAUCAGUUAGGGAUGUGGAUGGAGGCAUAGUGUGCAGCCCUGCGGCCACCUAGGGCACAGCCUGUGAGCCUGGCACUCACCUUGGGCUGGACCACAAUUCAGAUGGUUUCAGGGACUGCCCCACGGCAGCCCUGGAAGUUGUGCUUUGAACCCCUGGGGAUAUCACAGCCAUCGGACUCCAGACCUGUGAGGACCCUGAGCAGCAAAGAAAAGUGAAGCAGGCAAGGUAGCGGUCAGCCAGCUCCAGCAGGCCCACCCACGACACACGGCACAGCUGCCCGGACAGCGGCCCCACUGAAGGGCCGCCCGGCCUGGCCUCCGGCUCCCCCAUCACCGCUGGCUCCAUGCCAGUUCUUUCCCACUAUGACAGUGUCAGGCCCUCGACUCAAGUCCCAAGAGGGUAGCUGAUGCCCCCAGCAAACCCAGCAGAGGUGACAGAGGGAGGAGGGUCCCAUUCCUCCCGGACCACACCAGGACUCCUGGGUUUCUCUCAAGUUCUCUUCUGCAACAUGGAACCACAAGCCUGGACACCUGUCACAGCUGUGUCCACAGGUAGGGUGGGGACCCCUCUCCAACCCGCCCCCCCCCCCAGAAAGUCUCAGGUCCUUGAGAAACGACUUUAGGCCACAUCCUCCCCAGACAACCCCGUGCAAACUUGAGACAGACACGGGGCAGCUCCUCGUACCCAGAGACCCCUUCCCACUGGGCUCCUCAACAAUCAUUGUGGAGCUGCAGGAAACACAGAUGAUCUUUCUACCUUUAGACCACUAACGGGGCUACGGCAAAACCGCAGAGAACACAUUGAUUAUGCCAUGCGAGCCCAGGAAGCUGCCAGACGUUUACCAACAAAACCCGUGAACCACAGGAUUCAGACACAAGCAGGAUCUGAACCAACCAGGACAUCAUGAGUAGACGCCAACCUCGUAUCUCAGAACCUCAUCUCAAGGGCCUCCUUCCCCCAAAUGAGUAGGGAAACCAAGUCUCAGGCUACUCAGCAACACCACCCCAACUCCCCCGGGGGGAAGUCAUGGGACACUUAGUGGCAGAAGGAAGAACUACCCACAGAAGACAAAGACUCAGUUGCAAUUGGCACUGUUAUUUUAUUAGUACGAGUAUACUGAAACAAUAAACUUGUACUGGUAUACAGACAAUUUUAUUUAAAACAAUUUUGUUCAAAUUUUGAAUCAAACAUUGUUUUAUUAUAAUAAUGAAAUAAUUUCUACCUAGAAAACCUGCAAGCACCAUCAAAGAAAGGGACCAUAAAAUUCAAUAAACAGACUCGAGUGUAUCCUACAAAUAGACACACCACGAUUAGAAAAUAGAAUAUGAAUUCUUCCAUUUUUUUUUAAUAUUUGUUUUAAAAAAGCUAGUGCAAGUACAAUAUUUUACACUGGAAUUACAGAGAGUAUGCACGCAUAUGGAAAAAGUUCUCCUGUCACAAUAAAAGCUCUUAACUAUG